CAUACGAACAUAUACACGUAGCAAAGUUGAACAAACUGACAAAGGGUCAUCAUGGUCACAGAAAAUGAAACCUCCACCGAGCCAUAGUUCCCAUGAAGUCGCAAAGUUGGCCACGUGUUAAUAUGGAUAAUUUUCAGAAGAUUGAGAAGAUCGGGGAAGGAACGUAUGGAGUGGUUUACAAAGCGAGAGACCGAGAAUCAGGGAAAAUGGUUGCGCUGAAGAAAAUUAGACUAGAUACGGAAUCUGAGGGAGUUCCAAGUACAGCUAUUCGGGAAAUUGCACUCUUGAAAGAACUUGAUCAUACAAAUGUUGUCAGACUACAGGACGUAGUUCACAAUGACAGGAAACUAUACCUUGUGUUUGAGUUUCUUGAUCAAGACUUAAAGAAGUUCAUGGACAGCUCAACAUUAGGCUUACCCAUGCCGCUCAUAAAGAGUUAUCUCCACCAGCUUCUGAAGGGAGUAGCUUAUUGUCAUUCACACAGAGUGAUCCAUAGGGAUCUAAAACCUCAGAAUCUUCUCAUUGACAAGCACGGUAACAUCAAAUUGGCUGACUUUGGCCUCGCUAGAGCAUUUGGGGUACCACUUAGGACAUACACACAUGAGGUUGUCACGUUGUGGUAUAGAGCACCAGAGAUUCUUUUAGGCUGUAGGUUUUAUCUUCCAGCAGUUGAUGUUUGGAGCAUAGGCUGCAUAUUUGUUGAAAUGAUCACGAGAAGAGCAUUGUUCCCUGGUGAUUCAGAGAUUGACCAACUCUUCCGCAUCUUUCGUACUCUUGGCACACCAGAAGAAACAAUGUGGCCUGGUGUCACCAAACUUCCAGACUACAAGUCGACAUUUCCCAAGUGGAGAAAACAAGACUUGAUUAAAGUUGUUCCCAGUCUUAACAGCGAAGGCACAGAUCUAUUGCAGAAAAUGCUGUGUUACAAUCCUGACAAUAGAAUAUCGGCAAAGGCAGCCUUGAGCCAUCCUUUCUUCAGUGAUGUACAGCUGAUAAAGCCGCCGCAUAUGGAUUCAUGAGGAUUGAGUGUCUUAUACUUCCAACCCUGUUGUGCUAUCACGGAUGAUGGUUCAUCAGGCUUUCAGAUCCUGGAGAUGGCAUAUCCAUGGCUGUGUGGUUUUACACUCCAAGCACAUGGAAUGGAAAGAUCCAUUGCAGAUGAGUAACCUUCAUGAGAUGAAUGGACAUGUGGAGAUGCAAUAUCAAGCUGUGCACAUUACUGAUGCUGCCUUGCCAAGCAUGAAAACAGUGGAUAUGACGUAUUUUAUCGGGGCCCAAUUUAACGGCACUGCUUAACACUUCUGUUAAAAAGUCGUGCUAAUUUUAGUAGAAACAUUUGCUAACCUUAAGCACCGUUUCAUGGCAGUGCUUGGCAUGGUUGUGCUAAGGGUUGCACGCGCAUAGAGAUUUCUAUUGUUACGUCACUAAGUUCAAGCAAAUUUUCCCCCAAGGUUAGCAUGCCUUUGGCUGUGCUUACAGCUUACUGUCUCCAUGAAAUACGUGGAGCCUCUGUUAACGUGACAUUGUGUGCUAAGCAGCACCGUGAAAUUGGGCCCAGGAGGCAGGUUGCUGCCUAAACUUUCUCUGGUGUUUGAUAUGCUGUUCAUUGUUAGCACUGUGUCUUGUCUACUGUCUCACUGUUGUAAUGAAACUCAUGAGUCACGUCAUACAAAUGACUACCUCGCCUUACGGAUGAAGACAUACUUUUAUUCUUUUUUGCAUAAUUUAGAUAAAUUGAGUUGCUUUCAGUAAGGGCAGAAUUUUGUGGCCCCGGAUGGAAUACAAAAUGUUUUUUGCAAUGCAUAUUUCUGUUUAAAUCAGCUCUUUGUUUGUGUAUUUUGUUGCCUUUUUUCACUGCUUGGUAUGUAUUUAGGCCAUUUAAAAUCAAUUUAUAGGUUCACACCACCCCUCUGCCCCUAAUUUCACACCAGCCCCAACUUUUUGCUAUCAUUUAUAUUUGUUAAGGUGUAUUUUUUCCUCCCCAAGAUGUAUUUUCCAGAGGACUUCCUCUCCAAAUCUGCAGACACCACAGUCACAUUGACUUCGUGCAAAUAGUGAAAUGUUUUGUGUGCACAACUCAAAAAUAGCUUUUGAUGUGAUGAUGCAUGCCCAAAGUGCACUAUAGCUGUUAUGGCUUCCAACUUACAAUGAUGACAUCUCCCAUAUUAGCUUAGUAUAUUGUGCCAAGUGUUGUAAAUGAUGGCAAACGGUCAUUCAGUCUUCUCUUAUCUGAACUUUAUUGUUCUUGUAGCAUACUGUAAACCUGGUUAGCUAACUUGGAGGUUCAUUUAUACCCUUUCCAAAUUCCGGACACAAACUCUAGGCGAAGUAGCUGACUGGUACUUAAAAGUUUAGUAGCUUUCAUGCUUGUUGUGCUCUCCUUUGACUUUGGUACCAUAUAUCAGAUGUCAGAUUUAUAUGAUAUUAAAUUUUCCCUUCUGAGGGAUUUGAGCCUACAAACAAAUGUUACAUGGCCUUAUAAUUUGCCAAUCUGAUGCAUAUGAAGUUCAUCAGUAUAAACACAGCAACACAGUGUCCCUUGUUAUGACAAGUAAUGUUUGUGAGUUUUGCAAGCUAGAUGAAUUUAUUUUAUCAUUUGCACCAGAAAGUUUUGUUGUUGCUGUUUUUACCCCAAAAGCCUGCAUGAGAGUCAGCAUCAGAUGAUGGACUGUUGUGUAGCAGGCAUAUUUGGUCAUUAUUAUUAGGGAUUUGAUUGCUUCUAGUAUGUUUUGUCUCAUAUCAGAAAAAGACCAUCUGAAUUUUCUUACUACUUUUACCCCAAAGUUUCAUAGGAGCUGAAAUGUUGCUACAUUUUGCAGUCUCUUCACACUCUAGAUUAUGCUAAAAUUUCCCUUUCCCCCUAUUUCUUGCUGUUUUAUUUGAAGGAAAAUGAGAUAGAAAAAAGGAGAAAAGAAAAGGACAGAAAAUGAAGAUAUUUGUUGCAGCCACGAGGACAUUUCUUUUUUCAAAUUUUCAUAAUUUUUUUUUCACUUGAUACGAAUAUGUAUUUAAACAAAGCAUGGUAUGACUACAUGUACUUAUGUAUGUAGCAGGCAGCGUGGCAAGAAAUUUUUACCCAAAACUAAGAUAUGAAACAUUUAAUGUUAUAAUUAUUUGUAAGCACAAUGAAACCAUUCAAAGGAUGUUGAAAUUGCUUUUUUUUUAUAGUAAUGUGUCUUUUUAAUGAUGAACAUUUACACAAAAAACCUUUUGAAAGUACUGAAGUUAAAAAUAUGGAGUCAAUUUUUUUCAGCUUAAACAAUAAGAGAGAUUUCAAAUAGAUUUUUUCUUUCAUUGCCGUAACUUCACUGUAAGGACAGAUUUAUCCAUUUAUCAGAGUUUUGCUUAAUAUAACUAAAUUUACAAAAUCAACAUUGACAGUAAUAUAAUUGGCAAAAAUAUUGUUAGCUAAUUAGCAUGUUGUUUCAUUCCCUCUGUUUUAUGCUACCUAAAAUAUACAUCACUGUUUCUUUUGGAGAUGUAACCUGUUUUACUGAGAAAUUUGUAUGUGUAAAACAAAUUUUUAGAAACCUUUGAAGGCAUUUUUAUGUUAAAGAAUUUGGAUGCUUUUAGAAUUGCACUGUCUACGUCCAAAGUGUUAAUUUUGUGUAUUUUUUACCUAUGAGUGUUUAGUGUUUCAACUUACCAUUGUUGUGCUGUGUAAAGCAUUUUGAAAGUAGAACAUGGUUUAUAUUUUGUAAAAGUGCCUUUUUGAAUUUUUCUUUACUAUGUUGUAUAUACUUUGUCUCACACUGCAAUUUGUAACUGAGGUUAAUAAUUUGUUCUCUCAAUUGGAAUAAAUUAUUAUUUAUACAAAUGGAAA